CAGUAGUUUCCAUAUUUUCUUCUUUACAGUUUACACACAUCUACUUCCUCAUUUCUUCCUCCUCCACCUCUUUUUCUUACUACAAACCUAAUCUUAAACACAUAUAUAUACUCCACUAUUAUUCAUUUUCACCUUCCAAAUUACCUUCUUUGAUUUCUAUUUAUUCCUAUCACUUCAAGAUUCAGCAAUUCCUCAUUUUUUUCAGUUUCAUUCAAAACCCAUCUGGUUUCUUGGUUUUUUUGGGUUCAAUUUUGUGUGUUAAUGCAUAUAUCAGUUUUUUUUUUUUUGAAGAUGGGUCUUGAGCUUAGACAUAGAUGAGUGCUAAAGAUUAUAUCUUUUUGGUGUUUGGUGAUUAAAGUUUUAUCUUUUUGGUGUUUGGUGAAUCUUGGGUUUCAGAUCUAGAUUUAAGUUGCAUUCUGAAUUGUAGAUUUUGAAUUUUCCGUCUUAAAUUUACGAAAUUUCGUUUGAUGGGUCUGUUUUUCUUGAGCUUGUGAGGCUUGUUUGAGAAUUUAUUUUCAUUUUUUGUUUAUAUUUUGGGGUUGGAAUGAAGUGGGGUUAUGGGUCUAAAUCAAGAUCUCGCCACAGCUCAGUGGUAGCUGUGGCAGAGGAAACAGAAGGGAUUGAGAUUGAUGAAGAGUUUAUAGAAAGCUAUUGGGCUAAUUUGCCUUCAGAGCUAUUAAGAGAAGUUCUAAUGAGAAUUGAGGAUACAGAAUCUAAGUGGCCUCUGAGAAAAAAUGUUGUGGCUUGUGCUGGAGUUUGUAGGAGCUGGAGAGAGAUUAUGAAGGAGUUGGUUAAGACCCCUGAAGUUUCUGGCAAAUUAACCUUCCCAAUUUCAGUUAAGCAGCCUGGUCCACGAGAGACACUCCUUCAGUGCUUUAUAAAGCGAAACCAGGCAACACAGACAUAUCAUCUUUACCUCAGUUUGACUCAAGCAUUGGCUGAUGAUGGCAAGUUUCUUCUUGCUGCUCGGAAAUACAGGAGGCCGACCUGCACUGACUACAUUAUAUCACUGGAUGCGGAUGAAAUGUCAAAGGGAGGUGGAACUUGUAUCGGGAAACUAAGAUCAAAUUUCCUUGGAACCAAGUUCACUGUGUAUGAUGCUAUUCUACCUUAUGCUGGAGCGAAAAUGGUGAAGAGCCGUUCCACUAGGCUUGUGGGGUCAAAACAAAUGAAUCCUAGAGUUGCUUCUGGAAACUAUGAAGUUGCUCAUAUUUCGUACGAGUUGAAUGUACUUGGAGCCAGCAGGGGGCCGAGAAGAAUGCAUUGUGUAAUGGAUGCUAUCCCCACUUCUUCCAUUAAACCUGGAGGUGUAGCUCCAACACAGGUUGAUUUUCCAAUGGGCAAUAGUGAUUCCUCACUUCCACUUCGGUUUCUUCGAUCCAAAUCAAAUCGCAUGGAGAAGUCCUUAUCUGGACCUUUAGAAACUCAGAGAGAAGGUUCACUUGUUCUGAAAAAUAAGGCUCCCAGAUGGCAUGAGCAGCUCCAGUGCUGGUGUUUGAACUUUCAUGGUCGCGUAACUGUUGCCUCGGUCAAGAACUUUCAGUUGGUGGCUUCUCCAGAGAAUGGUGUGGCUGGACCAGAACACGAGAAGGUUAUUCUGCAGUUUGGCAAAGUAGGGAAGGACGUGUUUACAAUGGAUUACCGCUACCCACUAUCAGCAUUCCAGGCAUUUGCUAUAUGCCUUAGCAGCUUUGACACUAAAAUUGCUUGUGAAUGACUUGUCUUGGAGAGGGGCCUCUACUGCUUGGAACUGCAAUUAUUUCAGUGGGCAAUUGAUGGAAUGGGAAGCACAGGAAUGGUGUAUAAUACAAAUAAGAUGCUAAAGCUGAUUAUGAUUUUUCACACUGUAACUUCUCGGAUGUUAGCACAAAAGACGGACAGAAACUAAAGAACCAAAGAAUAUUGCAGCUACAGAGUAGAAAAAAGCAUGUUACUCUAAACAUCUUCUGUACAUUUCGUUUGUUUUGUGUACAUAAUUUUCUUUGAGAAAUCUUCAAUAUUGUUGUUGCCAUUUGAACUUCACUCCUUCCUUA